AUGGCAUCUGCGACUCCAGCUCCCACCGAGCAGGCUCCUCCUAGGCCGCUCUCCUUCGCCAAGGUUGCGGCUUCCGCAAUAAAGCCACAGAUGUCGAAAGAUUCUGCCCCAAAAGCGAGACCACCUGUUGCGACGCCUCGAGUACCUGCCAUUGCUCAGAAGACGCGCGCUAUUCCUGCAAACGGCGAUGCUCCAAAGGCGGCCAUGGAGAAGCAAGAAAACAACAAUGCAAACAAAAGUGCUGAAAAUGUCACUUCGCAGCGUGCACCACCAAUUGACAGAGCAGAAUCUUCACCGGUACCACCUGCAGAUGCCAAAGCAGAAGCUGCCGAAAGACCUCAGUCUGCCGCGGUUGCCAAGGUAUCUGCUACAGAAGACAGCAACACUCAGCUCUCUUCUUCUGAUGGAUCAGGAAAACCCCCCAGUAUCGAUGGAAAGAGCGUGGCUUCUGCGACGACGUUCGCAUUGGAUGAGAAGGAGUCGCUGCGACCGGAUGACAGUGCUAGUCUAAGGGCGGUUGAGGAGGAAGACAUCAUAUCUCCUCCAGAUUCAAUUAUUGCAGACUCCCGACAGGGAUCUGAUCAUGGUGCUGCGCGCGCCUUCAGGGAUCAGCUUCAAGAGAUAGCUGUGAUGAACCCCCAGCCCCACCGAGGAGUUCCUCCAGGAAGAUUUCCAACUAUGCCUAUCGGACCCCAGACUUUGUACGAUCCAAAUCAGUCGGUGAACGGCGCGGGACCCAUGUCUCAGCCUCUGGUGAAUGGUAUAUCUGCACACAAUGGCGCACCCAACAUGCCUGCCAUACCAGACGAGAAGCUACUCGAGGCCCUACGCUCUCCACGCGAUCGUUUGUUUGUCGUUAAGAUUGAACAGGACUUUAUCGAUUUUAUCAAGGACUCUCGGAUGCUGGCCCAUCGUCUUGCGGACUACUAUCUACUUGGCCACGUGGUUGAUACCACUAUGACGGGUGUAAAAAUCACGCGCACACCAUAUUGUAGAAUCCCACCGCCUGUGUCGCAAAUGGUUGAUCCUGCAAAGGGAACCAAUACUCCUCCUGUAGAGCUUCCUGCUCGCAAGAUUAUGCGACGCGACGACGGUAAAUCUGGAACAAACACUGGAGCUAACUCGCAGAACGCGUCCAAAACGACAUCUGAGAUGGGUGGUAGUGAGGGUAGCAACGAUGGCGAAGCCAACAAGGACAAGACUGCGCUUUCUCGAGAAGAGCGUGAGGCGCGGUAUCGUGAAGCUCGCCAACGCAUCUUUGGAAGUGCUGAAAGCGAAGAAACCGAUGCUACCGAGGCCAACGGAUCAGGAGAAGACAAAGAAAAGGGAAAGGAUAUGUCGAGGUCAAGCUCUGUUGCAGGAAAGAAGAAGCCCAAAAAACAGCGCAACUAUGACGAUGAUGACUUUCAGGCUCGAUCCCGAUUCAACGUGUACUAUCCACAGCAGUAUCCUGUUGCUGCCUACGCCGGAGACAAUGCCGUCUAUUACAACGGCUUCCCAGGGCCUACACAGAACGCUCCAUUUGCGGCUAUGAACCCUGGGGCCUCGCCUUCAACAACAUACAGUAACCCGUACCCUGGCAUGAUGAACCCGGAAGCACAGCAGCAAUAUGGAUGGAACGGACAGCAGUAUCAGCCCUCGAAUGGAUCGAUGAUGAUGUAUCCUGGUUACGGACAAGGACAGAAUGGAUACGACUUGUCGGCAGACUUUCAGCGGGGCAUGUCUUCGUUUCAGAACGCCGGCGUACCGUCCCAAGUGACGCCAAAGAUGGCUAACCCACAGAUGGCGUCCUACCAAGACAAUUAUCAGCAGCCUCAACAUAUGCCUAUGAAUCCGGGAUGGCCGCAAAAUAAUCAGCAGCCGUCAUAUCCGAUGGCGCAGAACAACUACGGGGCUCCAAAUGGACCAGGCAAUCGUCCAAUGUCUGCGCCUCAUCAAGCUUCGAUGCAAGGCUAUCCAUAUGGCCAGUUUCCUCCCAAUGCAUACAAUGGCAAGCCGAACCGUAAUCAGCAUCCUAUCCCGGGAAGCUACAACCGUGGACAGUUCAAUCCACAGACUCAAGCAUUUGUUCCCGGGGGACGCAACAUGCCUUUUGGCAUGCAGCCCAACAUGAUGCAGCCACAGCCACAGAUGAAUGGCUAUGGUGGGUAUCAAAUGUCUGCUCAGACCUCUAUGCCUGCCCAGAUGCCUAGGCACAGUCCAUCUGCCACUUCCACGCCAUCAUUUGGAUCACCUCAAAGCAUGCAGGGCAAUGCCUCUGCUCCGACCAUGAAUCGAAUUGCAUCGCAAUCUGGCGAUCCGGGCUCACAGAGCAGCAUCGCCAAGUACGGCACGCCCGCACACUUACCUCCGAAGCCCCCUGCACCCGCACCAGCACCGCCAUUUGCCCUACCUUCUAUGACGCGAGUGCCGUCGUCUGGAAUGCCUAACAACGCUCCCAAUAUGCCCGCUCGAUGA